AAUCUACAAAGGCAAAAUAGAGAUUCUUUCUCUUUCCUAAAUACUUUUCCUGAAGCUGUACAUGUAUAUGAAUUAAAAAAAAAUGUGAGAUUAAUCAGUAGUUAUUAUUUUUAUAAUGCAAUAAACGUCACAGUCAAAGCACAAGAGUGACCUAAUCUAACAAUUUUUGUAACAGCAAAGGUGGAAUGCCAACAUGAUAAAAUGUUUAAUAUACAUUUCUUUUUCUUUUAAAGAACCCUCUUGUCACUAUGGGUGUUCCCAAAUAGAAUUCCUGUAAAUGGAAAGCCUGACCAUUUUUAUACCUUCACUUACUUUGCAUCUAGAAUCGUUUUUAACAAUUUAUUUCCUGAUUUCCAAACACUCAGUGAUCUAAUUUAUAUGAUUGUAACAAAAUUGUGUAAUGAUUGCAAAACAGAAUUUGUAUUUAUUAUGAAGUCAUAGCAAAAGCAUGAUAAAGUUAAUAUGCAUUUCCUUAAUUUUGAAGAAGAAUUACAAGGAAAGCCUGUCGUUUUAUACCACCAAUCGCUCAGCAUCUAGGGAUCAGCCAAUAAGGUUAUAAUUGUUCUAAAUUGACAAAAAGUCAUGUACCUAGGCACAAGAGUAGCCAAUCCGACACAAAAUUGCAUUCAACGUCGGAUGUUUGUUAAUGUUACCCUAAUAAGUGUUUAGAUGAAAUCAUCUUGGGAGCUAAACUCCUAAGAGGCUUUUCGACUUAAGAACCCAUCAUAAUGGGAACAUCUCUUUUUUUUUUUUUUUUUUUUUUUGCAGAUACUCUGAUUGAUAUUAUAAGCUAUUUAGUUAAAAGGAUUGUUUGCUUGAAGUUUCAUUUUUGUGAGAAUUGUCUCUUUUGUGUUCCUUAACAGGCCCGGCUAAAUUAAAUUAUUAAAUUCUUCAGUGUUAAAGGAGGCCAACCAUGGUUGAGGCCAACAGGCUAAGAAAAUUUUUAAACUUUCGGCCCCCUAGAUUGGCUAAAACAUAGUUCAAAUUCUGAAAUAUUGCGCUUGAAAGCCUUCACCAAUGCAGGAUUAUAUAUAGAAACGCCAUAUUGUAUGUAAGAUAUAUUUUCAAAAUAAGCAAUAUUAACAUGGAAGCAAAAAAAAAAGAUAAUGCCAGUCCUUUGUAAAUUUUCCAAAUACUCGCUUCCAGUUGUUGUGUGAUUGAACAAAUGAGUUGGCAAUUUUGAUCAGGUCUAGUUUAUCAUUCCUAUCUUUUUGGAAACAGAGAAUCGAGACAGAGUUGAAACGAGCUGGAAGUAUUGUUAAUCUCAUACAGAGCAUAUAUAUAUUAAUCAAUUAAUUAUUAGAACACAUGAUAACCUUAUAAAAAACAUCACUUUUUGACAAUUCAGCCUGGUAAUGUUUCUUACAUGUUUCCCAAGUAUCUUUAUAAAUUUUUAUAUAAGCAAUUGAAAUGCUAAAAUGGGGCUUACAGAGGCUUAUGAAAAACAUGAUCAGGCCCAAAAUAGUCUAAUUGUGUUCAGCACCAUUAAUUACAAUUUAAAUCUUAAGACAUACUGGUUAAUGCAGAUAUAAAGAAUAAAGAAAAACUGCUAACGAAACAAAACAUAAAAAGAAUGUUUUCUUCGGCUUCGCAUAACGCUUAUAUAUGCUUAAAAUGACUAAAUUUAAGCCUAGGGAUGCUUAUAAAUGUCAUGCUCAUAAAAUAAACAUGUAUAAGAAUUGGAGCUUCGCAUAUAGAAAAUUUUUUAUUUGCAUUACCACCUGGUAAAGGAAUUCAUAAUAAAACAGCUAUGUGUAGUCGUUCUGACACUGUUGUUCUAGGAAUUUCGAACAGGUUUUAGGAUGUUAACAACAGUAUGUAAACAGGGAAGCUAGGCAACUUAAAGGAGGGAAUGUAUAUAUGUGUGUGAAUCUAGAAAUAAAGCUAAAUGAGCCACAACAACAGAUAGGUUUUCCUGUUAAGUAAGGAUCUGUUAGAUAAUCCUACCUACCACGACUCACAAUGUUGGCCUUUGUAGCCCCUAACUACUAUUACUUAGUAUUAACAAAUGUAAAAGGAUGAUGAAUUAAAACCACAGGCUUCAAAUUGAUCUUGCAUAAAAUCCAUAAUGGCUACUAGAAGUGCAUAACUAAUUGGAUAACUAAGCUUUCUAUUCCAUAAUACCUUCUCUGCUAACCAGAUUUCUCAGAAAGAAGUGUGCUAUUAACCCUAUGCUGGGGCCCACAGUUGCAAGAGACAUGCCCUUUGCCUUCUAUAGUUUAAAAGUGACAUUGCCUUAACUCUCUUAACAUUAAUAGAUAGUAAAUAAUAUGAAAAGAACUGACCUGGCUACAUGCAAUGUCUCUUCUGAUGAAAUAUCCAAAGCUUUUUAUCUAAUGCCUCCUUGUGCAAUAUAAUCCAGUAUAUACAUAGAAGGAUAAUGGCUAGAUAGAUAGAUUUGGCUUCCCCACUGUAAGCUGUAAGGUACAUCUGAAGAACUUGUGCAGUGUGGGAUGUUGGGUUCUUAUAUGCAACCAUUAAUAAUCAAGACCUGGGUAGGGUCCAGUUCCUUUACAGGCAAGUGAGACUAAUAACCCUGGCAAUCUUUAAGAUUAGGUCUAUAGGUAGAAACCACCCCCACUGUGUCAGGCUCUACAUGACAUGUUUAAUGACUAAGGUAAACCUAAUGUAUAUUAACCACAAUACUAAAGAAAUGUAAUUCUGUCACCACAAUUAACAUGAGCAAAACUUGCAGUUUAGCUCCAUCUAAAAAAUGCUCACGUUUUUCAAAAAAACAACAACUAUGUUUCGAGAAGCAAAAAAAAGAAGAAAAUUCCCGCCUUUUGGAUUAGAGUGUGAUUGAAGAUGGUUGAAAUAUGGAAAGAAGAAUCCCCGUAUUUUAAAACACUAAUCUUAGAAGAAGAUCGUUUGCAUUAUAAAAAAAAAUUGACACUCGAAAAUGAGGUUCUUUUAGAAGACCCUUUCAACAUAGAGGAGGGUAACUAGACCACUGAUGUUAAACAGCUGCCUGAUGUUUGUUACCCUGAUAUUUGGAACUAUCUCAUUGAAACGCCAAGUGAAUUCACAAAAGACAAAAUGAAAGCUUACAAAUCCCUUGAAUCGUACAACUUUUUUGUUUCGGGACACGUACAUCAAGUUUAUAUUCACAAGAUUGAACACCAAAAUUUUUCUUUUGUCAAAACUAAAGUUUUACCCAGUCAACGACAAGGCCAGAAAGAAGUUCUCUAUGAAGUUUGGGUUUGCAUACACAAAAGUGGAUGGAUAUUAAGUGCCAAUUGUACUUGUAUGUCGGGGCUCGGUUCAGCUUGCAGUCACACUGGGGCAUUACUAUUCAAAUUGCAAGCAUGCACUCAGCUUGAGCUCAACAAAGAGGAUGCUUGUACUAGUAAGCUGUGUGAAUGGAACAAGGCAAGAAAGCGUGCCCAUCCUGCACCCUUACAUAAAAUCAAUUUUAAACGUCCCAAGAAGAACGAGAAAUUACCUAAAAUUGCCAGCCCAUUCAAAGGAACUCUUGAAGGAUUUAGUCGUGCAGAUCCUGUUAAAUUUUGUCAUGACUCCCAAAUUACAAUAUUAAAAGAACUAAAGCAAAUAACUCCUAAUGCAGCAGUUCUAACAUGUAUCAGUCUCAAACUUCGUGAUGACCCUAGUUCAGGUGAAGAUACAGAUACUGCAUAUGAAACUGAAGAAAAUACUGUGCCUGAACUGUUAACCAGCUUUUUUGACCCAUGUAGUGUGAACUACAGUGAACAAAAGAUUUCACAAGUUUGUGAUAAACUUUACAAAAAUUACAAAGGACAAACAGAUCAAAAACAAUAUGAUAAUUUAACUAAAAUAACUAAAGACCAAAGCCAAUCAAAUAAAUGGAUGCUUUAUCGUGCUGGAAGAAUCACUUCAUCCAACUGCAAGAAAGCAUAUACAUGUAAUAUUCAAAAACCAGCAAUUUCAACAAUAAAAUCUAUCAUGCAAUACAAUGAAAAUAUUUCAACUCCAUCAAUGAAAUAUGGUAAAGAAUCAGAGCCAAAAGCCUUCAAAAGUUUUAAUGAAAUGAUGAAAACUAAGCAUGAAAAUUUUACAGUGGAUAUUACUGGUCUUCAUAUCAAUGAAAAAUAUCACCAUAUUGGAGCAAGUCCUGAUGGCCUCACGUUUUGUAAAUGCCAUGGAAAAGGGCUACUAGAAAUCAAAUGUCCCUUCAAUUUUCAGCAUGGCUUAGAAAACUAUAAGACCCAUAAAAACUGUCCAAUAACAAAUUAUGACAAAAUGAAGGAAACCCAUGAAUAUUACUUUCAAAUGCAACUCCAAAUGUUGGUGACAGAAAGGAAUUAUUGCUACUUUUUUGUUUGGUCCAAAAAAAAUUUUAUAUCAAUAUGUGUUGAUAAAAAUGAAUUAUUUUGUGAAUCACUAAAAGCAAAAAUUGACAGCGUGUUUUUCAAAAUUAUACUUCCAGAGCUAGUAUCACGUAAAAAUGACCAAGCAAACGAUGAGUCUCAAAAGCUGUAUUGUUAUUGCAAACGUCCCUGUUUUAAGCCAAUGAUCGCUUGUGAUAAUGCUGAAUGUAAAAUUACAUGGUUUCACUAUGCAUGUGUCAACGUACUCAGGACACCUCAAGUAAAUAAACAAUGGUUUUGUCCUGAUUGUGUAGGACCAAAAGGCAAAAAGAUUACCAAAAAUAAACAAAGUAAAUGAAGGAGAGUAGAUUUUGGUGAUAUUCUUAGGAAAAGCUCUGACCAUGUUUACAUAUUUAAAUUACUGUAUAUACGUUUUAUUAAAUAUAAAAGUAGACUUUUGUGAUUAUCCAUGCCAUAUUAUCAAUAUGUAAUAUUCUUUAAUAUUGAAAUAAGGACACUAAUCGAGUUGCAUGUAAAAGAAAAUUGUGUUAUUCUUUAUUAUGUAGAAACAUUUGUUUUUCUCUAAGUAAAUCUGAAUCUCUUGUGUGACAUGAAACUUAAAAAAAAAAAAACUAUCAAAUAAACAAAUACCAAUGAAAUGCUUAUGGAAAAUCUUGACUACUUUCACAAAAGAAGAUACUAAAAUUAUUAUGCCACUAUUUUUGGACUCACAUUAACCAAUCCAGCUACACAAACCAUAAUAUCAUCCAGUAGAUCAACUUGAGUUAGCGGUAUGAGCGUAUUCAAGAUAUUAAAUUUUCUCAUUCUCCCUAUAACUCUUUCAAUGUGAAUACGCACAUUGGCGAUUUGACGACUGUGGUCAACCUCUCCACCUGACAACUGUGAUUUCCCCUUGGUAAAUGAAGGAAUCUCUAAUAUACCACCCAUUGUAGCUACUUCCUCCAUAACAGUAAAACCUCUAUCAGCCAAAACCUGGUCCCCAUGUUCAAUCAAAUCAAGAAACCCACAUUUUACGGUUAUCUCCUUGUCUGAAACUC